GGGAGGGAGAAAUAAAGACAGAGAUUUGAAAGAAAUCAUACAAAAACCCUAACAUCAAAUCUUUACCAAAUACACAUCAACGAAAAACACGCUUCUUCAAUCUCAUAUCUCAACUCAGCAACUAUUGUUCUAAAAUUUUUCAUGAAAGAUCAACGUCUUGACAAGAGAUUAUCAUCAAUUUAUCACACAGAAUGGGAAGAAACUUUAGCCAGAUGAUUAAACAGGAGUUAGAUAAUCUUGAUAAAGAUCCAGAAACUAGAACAUCAGCAAUCAAAGCAUUAAAAUCAUGUAUAAACGAUAUGGAUUCGAGUUCCAUCCCAAUCUUUCUUACUCAAGUUUCGGAGACCAACGAAUGUGAACACGCGAUCACGCUUUACGAAGAUAUCGCGCGUGUUCACGGCAGUGCAAUCGUCCCGCAUAUACACUACAUCAUGUUAACCAUUAUCAAGACGUUGACGUCUAAUCCGGACCCGUUCGCUCUUCAUCAAGCUUGCUCGAAGGUGGUCUCAACCAUUGCAAGAUACGGGAUGGACCCGACAACACCCGAUUAUAAAAAACAGGAUAUUAUGCACUCGCUUUGCAAACCGCUUUCGGAUUCUUUAUUAGCACGACAAGAGAGUUUAUCGUCCGGUGCUGCCCUUUGCUUAAAAGGGCUAGUGGAAUUGGACGAUUGGCGGUUUUGUUCGGGUCAAAUGGUCAACGAGGUUUGUCAAAGGGUGGCUGCGGGUUUGGAGAAUCUUGUGCAAGGUGAUUCGCAAAUGGGUUUAGUCACGGCUUUAGCGAAACGUAACGGGUUAGUUGUUGAAGGUUACGCAAGAUUGUUGGUUCGGGCAGGGGUCCGGAUUUUAAACACGGGUGUAACCGAGGAGGAUUCUCGGAAACGGUUGUCGGCUAUUCGAAUGGUCAACGGUUUAAUAACGAGUUUGGAUUAUAAGUCUGUAAUGUCGGAGUUAACGUUUGUGAUUGAAGAGUUUCAGAAGUUUCAAAACGAUCAAAUCGCGGAUGUUAAAGAGGCGGCUUGUGAAGCGAUACAAACGGCUAAAAGAAUAUUGUGGAGCAAUGUGAAUGUGUCGCUUAAAGAUGGGUUGUUUUCGGGUCAUAUGAGUACUCCUAGCAGUGCUGUUGAAACCGAGGCCCAAGAAGAUCAUGACGAUGGGUUUACAGGCUUCGUGCAUAGGAGCCCGAUUAAUGGUGACCCGAGAAGCCCAACCCAUAGUCCUCAGAGAUCACGAUCGUAUGUUAACGCUGACAACAUUAACCGUUUCACGAGUCCUAGGAAACCAAGUAGGUCUCGUCAUGUCUCAGACGACGGAUGUUCUAAAACUCAAAGCAGAAGAUUCAGAAGCCCUCCCUCAAGCAAAUUAAAUCGAAGAUCUAAUUCAAAUUACGAUCAGAACAGUGUUAACGGCAGUUUUACUUAUAAAGGCGUACAGUUUAACGCUACCUCAGCAGUGGUGUCUUCAACUGAAGACAUCCUUACAAAUACGAGCGAUAAUUUGCAGCAGUGUCAAAAACCUGUUCCUGAAAGUCAUGUAAAAUCUCGGAUAUUGUCAACUGGGUUGUUUGUUCUGUUUGUUGCGGUUGUUUGUUACUUGUGGUUACGAGAUAUAAACAACGAAGGUUACAACCUCGUACCCACCUAGUUUUGAUCUUCGACAAGGAUUAAGGAACUAUUAUUUUUUGGUUUUCAAGAGAUGAAGAGUUUAAAUCAUGUAAGGUGUAGGUAUAUGUGGUUUAUAAGAGUUGAGUACAUCUAUGUUUGA